GGCCCGCUCCCCCUGCGGCUGGAAGCUGCGCCCGGGCCCGCGCCGCACUGGCUGGCGGUGCUGAUGCUGCUGCUGCCGCCGGACGAGGCGGACGAAGAGGAGGAGGACGAGGACGAGGAGGAGGAGGACGGCGGGCAGCAGCACCAGCAGGGCGGCCAGGCCGGCCGUCGGAGGCAGCAGCAGCAGCAGCAGCAGCAGCAGCGCAGGCGGAGGCGGAGGCGGAGGAGGCGGCUGCGGGCGGCGGGCGCUCCGGCCGGCGGGCUGCUCCCCGGGGACCCGCGGCGGCGGCUGCUGCUCCUGCUCCUGCCGGCCAAUGGGGGGGGCGGAGGAGGAGGAGGAGGAGGAGGAGGAAGGAGCCCCGGACCGCGCUCCGACCUGCCCGCCGCUCCGGAGAGCCUGGCCAGAGGGGGGCUGACCAUGAAAGAGGAGCCUCUGAGCGGAGGGGGACUCUCGGCGGUCAGGUCGUGGAUGCAAAGCACCGGCGUCCUGGAUGCCCACACGGCUCUGCAAAGUGGUAUUGGGCUGGCUCGGGCCCAUUUUGAAAAACAGCCCCCAUCUAACCUCAGGAAAUCCAACUUUUUCCACUUCGUGCUUGCCAUGUACGACCGUCACGGACAGCCAGUGGAGAUCGAGAGGACGUCUUUCAUCGACUUUGUGGAGAAGGACAGAGAGCAGAACGGAGAGAAAACCAACAACGGCAUUCACUACCGGCUGCAGCUGCUGUACAGUAACGGCCUUCGAACCGAGCAAGACCUCUACGUACGACUCAUUGACUCCAUGUCCAAGCAGGCCAUCAUCUACGAAGGUCAGGAUAAGAACCCCGAGAUGUGCCGCGUGUUGUUAACUCACGAGAUCAUGUGCAGCCGCUGCUGUGACAAGAAAAGUUGUGGGAACCGCAACGAGACCCCUUCCGAUCCAGUCAUCAUUGACAGAUUUUUUCUCAAGUUCUUCCUCAAAUGCAACCAGAACUGCUUGAAGAAUGCCGGCAAUCCGCGAGAUAUGCGCCGGUUCCAGGUGGUGGUGUCGACGACGGUGAAUGUCGAUGGCCAUGUCCUUGCCGUGUCCGACAACAUGUUUGUCCACAACAAUUCCAAGCAUGGACGCCGGGCACGUCGGUUGGAUCCUUCAGAAGCAGCCACACCCUGCAUCAAAGCCAUCAGCCCCAGCGAAGGCUGGACGACGGGAGGGGCCACCGUGAUUGUCAUCGGGGACAACUUCUUCGACGGGCUUCAGGUGGUCUUCGGCACCAUGCUGGUCUGGAGUGAGCUGAUCACGCCUCAUGCAAUCCGGGUUCAGACGCCGCCCCGGCACAUCCCCGGCGUGGUGGAGGUGACCCUGUCCUACAAGUCGAAGCAGUUUUGCAAAGGAGCACCUGGGCGGUUUGUCUACACAGCCCUGAAUGAGCCAACGAUCGAUUAUGGGUUUCAACGCCUACAGAAGGAUCCCCGGCACCCCGGAGACCCCGAACGCUUACCAAAGGAAGUCCUGCUGAAAAGAGCAGCCGAUCUGGUGGAGGCUUUGUAUGGGAUGCCCCACAAUAACCAAGACAUCAUCUUGAAACGGGCAGCCGAUAUUGCCGAAGCCUUGUACAGCGUUCCGCGCAACCCUAACCAGCUGACGUCCCUAGCUGGGAACCAUGGGCACUCGGGCAUGAUGGGGGUCAACUCCUUUGGGAGCCAGCUGGCCAUCAACAUCAGCGAGUCCACUCAGGGCUCGGAACAAGGAUACCCGCGCAGCGCAAGCAGCGUCUCGCCCCGAGGCUACGUGCCCAGCUCCACCCCGCAGCAGAAUAACUACAACACAAUCACGUCCAGCAUGAACGGUUACGCGGGGGCUGCCAUGACCGGUCUUGGGGUGCCAGGCUCCCCCAGUUUUCUCAACGGCUCCACUGCCAAUUCCCCCUAUGCCAUCAUGCCAUCGAGCCCACCCCUGGGGGCUUCCUCCACCCCCGCCGGCGUCUUCUCCUUCUCCCCGGUCAACAUGAUCUCGGCCGUCAAACAGAAAAGCGCCUUUGCCCCGGUCGUGCGGCCCCAGACCUCCCCGCCCCCCAACUGCACCAGCGCCAACGGGGCCGGCCUGCAAGGCCUGUCGGGGCUUAUUGUCCCACCCAUGUGAAUCAGGGACGGGAGGAAGACAACGCAAACUGACUGGCACUUGGACUUUCGAGACCCUCAAAUGGACGCCUGAGCCCCGGGCGCAAGACCUGGCUCCCGAAUUCUCCUCAUCCCUGGUGACUUCCACGUUAUUGGUUGGACCCAUCCCACAAGAUCCCUUCUCUUCGGCCCAGGCUGCAUCGGGGCCGAAGGAGGGUGACCGAUGCCUUGGAGACCUACAACUCUGGAUUUGGGGAGGGGCUCCUUCCUUAAAGAGGAGGAGACAACCAGGGAGGAAGAGACCUUGAAAAGGGGUGGGAGCCCCACCAUCUUCCUUCCAUUAAGGGGGUCCUUUGGCCAUCCCGUCCCCCUCUGGUUGAAGGAUCACAAACAGACCGAGGGAGACCCUCGCCCAGGCAGGGUCCCUCACUCAGGUAGACUUGCUCAUGGCCAAGAGGGAGGGGUCUCCAAUUCCGAGCAGGUUUGCUUUACUUAAAAGCUUGGGGGUCUCCCCCACCCACCCAAAGGAAAAGACCCCCAUGCAAACCAGGCUCCAAGCGUCAGCCCUCUCACCUAUCCCCCCUCCCCAGGACUCCUGGCUCCUCCCAGGAACUGCCUUGCAAAGCAAGCUGGCUUGGAUUAGGUCUACCCCAAGCACCACCCACCCACCCACUUCAUCCUGGCCAAAAGUUGGCUUGUCUGCAGCCACCUUCAGCUGCUCCCAAUUUUCCAGGCCUUUCUCUUAAGAAGAGGUUGGGCAACCAUUUGUCUGAAUUGGUGUAGGGUUUCCUGCCUAAGCAGGGGGUUGGACUAGAAGACCUCUAAGGUCCCUUCCGACUCUUCUAUUCUAUUCUAUUCUAUUCUAUUCUAUUCUAUUCUAUUCUAUUCUAUUCUAUUCUAUUCUAUUCUAUUCUAUUCUAUUCUAUUCCAUUCCAUAUUUUCUAUUCUAUUCUAUUCUAUUCUAUUCUAUUCUAUUCUAUUCUAUUCUAUUCUAUUCUAUUCUAUUCUAUUCUUGUCUUUCUUACAGAUAGUCCUCGACUUACUACCACAACGGAGCCCCAAAUAUGGGAGCCUUCUGUUGCUAAGCGAGUUUUGCCUCAUUUUACGACCUCGCUUGACCCAGUGGUUAAGCGAAUCACGGCAGCUGAUAAGUCAGUCCCACGGUUGUUAAGUGAAUCUAUAAUCUCCCCAUCGACUUUGUCAGGAGGUCGUCAAAGGGGGGGGAAUCACGUGACACCCCCCCCAAGAACGCCGCGACCGUCAUAAAUAGGAGCCCGUUGCCAAGCGUUCUGAGUUUUGAUCACGUGACCAGGGGAAUGCUGCCACAGUCUCAUAUGUGUGAAAAACAAUCAUCGUUCCUUUUUUUUUUCCAGCGCCGUUGUAACUUUGAACGGUCACUAAAUGAACUGUUGCAAAUCGAGGAAGCGGCCGAAAAUCCCAUUUUUUUCCCUCGAGGUUUACAAAAGAGUCAGGCAUUUAAGCAACAGCAGCCAUCAUAAAAGGCCUCCUUUCUCUUUUCCACUUUCCACUUUUUUUUACAUUCUUUCAUCCCCCACCCACCUCCACCCCUCAAAAACGAUCCGUAGCCCUUUCCAAACUUUCCAAAGCUUUUUAAAAAAUAUAAUAAUAAUAAUAAUAAUAAUAAUAAUUUUUUCAUCCCGCUGUUCUUUUUUAAAACCAAAAAAAGAGAGAAAGGGAGAGAGAGCAAUUUUGUACCGACCGCAACCAAUUCUCUGUCAUGCCUUCUCCACUUUGUCUCUUUCUCUUUUCGUUUGGCAAAACAACAACAGCAAAGAGAAAAUAGGCAGUGAGAUCCAAGCGAGCGGAGGGGGGGCGGCAGGGGGGGCGGGGAAAAACCCCCAAUUCCAGCUGGGAUGCUUUUGCAGUCCCAUUGAAAGCAACCACCGAGCUCGGCAAAUCCCUGGGGUUUCCUUUCCCCCCGCCUCUUGCAUUAUUUUUCUAGCCUUAUUUCCGAGCAGCAAAAAGUGGGGGGGGGGCUGGAGGGGGGCGUGAAUAUCUGUAAAUAAAGACUGCGGAGACAACAACAACAAAAAAGUUGGGAUCCUAAUCUGUCUGGCCAGGUUCUGUUCGCGGUGUAUUUAUCUUUGUCUCAUGUUUUCCCUGGUCUUCCUUUCUCUCCUCCGUUUCCCUUUGAUUCUUUCUUUCUUUCUUUCUUUCUGCUCUUCAUUGUAUGUCCUGUGAUAACGUCCUGUUGUACGAUACCCAAUGUCGGUUAAACCUCCUGGCUGCACUGUUAUUAUUAUUAUUUUUUUUCCAAUGUAAGCACAUGUAAAUGAACCAUUAUUGCAAUUUCUUAGGAAAAAGCCCUAGAAUAUAUCAAUAUACCACUUUAAUUGCCUCCUG